AAGAAGGAAAGUUACAAAGAUAAACGUCAUUACUUCUGCUGACCCUUCAACGCAUACUAUUGAUUGUUAUCCUAUAUAUUCUCACUCACCAGCAAGGUUGAAAGCAAAACGAUAGUGACCAUGCCUAAGAGAGUGGAAGGAGUUGUUGCCAUGAAGCAGCACUUUGUGCUUGUACAUGGCAUAGGUGGAGGAAGUUGGUGCUGGUACAAAAUCCGGUGCCUUUUGGAGAAUUCAGGCUGCAAGGUCUCAUGCAUAGACCUCAAAAGUGCUGGAAUUGAUCAAUCUGAUGCUGAUUCCGUGCUAUCUUUUGAUGAUUACAAUAAACCACUUAUGGAUUUCAUGUCUGAUUUGCCUGAGAACGAACAGGUUAUAUUGGUGGGGCACAGCGCUGGAGGGUUGAGCAUUACUCAGGCCUGUCACAAGUUUGCAAACAAGAUUCGUUUAGCUGUUUAUGUGGCAGCAACUAUGCUCAAGUUCGGAUUCCUGACCGAUCAAGAUCUUAAAGAUGGGGUGCCUGAUUUAUCCGAGUAUGGGGAUGUGUAUGAGCUGGGAUUUGGAUUGGGACAUGAUAAGCCUCCAACCAGUGCUUUGGUGAAGAAAGAAUUUCAACACAAAAUCAUCUAUCCUUUGAGCCCUCACGAGGAUUCGACAUUGGCCGCGAUGCUGUUGAGGCCAGGGCCAUUGCUGGCAUUGACGAGUGCUCAAUUCAGAGAAGAUGGUGAUGGUGAUGGUGAAGUGGAGAAGGUUUGCCGCGUGUACAUAAGGACAAGGCAUGACAAGGUGGUGAAGCCAGAGCAACAGGAAGCCAUGAUAAAGAGGUGGCCACCAUCCACUUCAUAUGAACUCGACAGCGACCAUAGCCCCUUCUUCUCCACCCCAUUCCUUCUCUUUGGCUUGCUUCUUAAAGCUGCUGCUGCCUUGGACGCAAUUAACUAGUUCAGGAUUGGGCUUCCAUGCAUGCCUUUUCUUCGUUGCUCUCCAAAAGUUUCAUGUGGGUAAUUAAUUUCAUAAAUAUAUCUAGUUUUAUACGUUGGUUGUAAUUAUCACUAAUAAUAUAUGAAUCACUAUUCUAUGUAGUUGUACCAGGAUUUGUAUUGCAUUAAAAAUGGAAGUUUCUAUUACUUGGCUUUA